CGGAGAUAACAAAAAGAAUACAAAGCGGACGCUCGCACAGAUCGUCGUGGUCUGUCCGUCAUUGUCUGCUUCGGCUUCUUUUUCUUUUCUCUCAUCACACUGAUCUGAUCCAUAGAAAGGAUCCUACCUGCCAUCAUGGAUUCCGCUGCUGAUUUCCCUCCGUUCCAGGACCGGCUGGCCUCGUCGCUGAUGCAGAUGACGCGCACCGUCGGUCAACUUUCCGCUGAAGAUCUCGCUUUCCACCGAUCCUCGAGCUCCGAGCUCACCGAGUCUCUGGACGAGCAAAGUGACCGCAUUCUGUCUCUUACGUCGUCGAUCCUGAAAGCCGCGACGGCCGGCACGGAUAUCGCCGCGCCGAGUCUGCAAGAUGAGGAUUCCAUCGAGGAUAACUGGCGCGGGGUGGUGGAUGUGAUCGACGCGCUGCUGGAGAAGGCGGAUGCCUGUCUGGAUGAGUUCACGGGUGUCAUCAAGAGGUUGAGCCCGUCGCAACAGGAACAAAGCGCCGCCGCCGCCGCCAAGGCUGCGAAAAAGCCUGCGACCAAGUUCCCGACUGUUUACGACUACGGGCCGUCGAAGAUCCCCAAGCCCCAGCUGGAGUUUAAGCGUGCGGUCGAUAAUACGGAUGUCUCGCCCUUCAAGCCUUUGCUGCGCACGAAGGAACAUGCGACGGUGCCGUUGGAGAAGUCCGAGGGGUAUGUGAACCCGUACGAGCCGGAGAUUCGCGCGGCGAAGUACCCGCCUUCGACAUACGAGGUGUCCCCGCCGGUUGAUUAUUUGCCGUUUGAGUCGACGACGGCUACGUUUGUGGAUACUUUGGAGGGGGUUAUGGACAUGUUGAAGGAGCUCAAGACGGCCAAGGAGAUCGCGAUUGAUCUGGAACAUCACGACGUGCAUUCGUACCAUGGUCUUGUGUCGCUGAUGCAAAUCAGUACUCGGGACAAGGAUUGGGUGGUGGAUACGCUGAAGCCGUGGCGGGAGGAGCUCCAGGUGCUGAACGCGGUGUUUGCCGAUCCGGGGAUCCUCAAGGUUCUUCACGGAUCGUCGAUGGAUAUUAUCUGGCUGCAGCGGGAUCUCGGGCUGUACGUUGUUGGCAUGUUUGACACGUACCAUGCCGCGUGCGCGCUCAACUACCCCAAGCGCAGUUUGAAGUUCCUGCUACAGAAAUUUGUCAACUUCGAAGCCGACAAGAGGUAUCAGAUGGCCGACUGGAGAAUUCGACCUCUCCCCACUGGCAUGUUCGACUAUGCUCGCUCCGAUACGCACUAUCUCCUUCACAUCUACGACCAUCUGCGGAACGAGCUGGUCGAGAAUUCGCUCCCUGACCACAACCUCGUCGAUUAUGUUCUGGACCAUUCGAAGAACGAGGCCCUGCAGCGCUAUGAGCGCCCCGUCUACGACGCUGCUACCGGACAAGGUGCCGGUGGCUGGUACGACUACUUGUGUCGCAACCCCGCUGUUCUGAGCAAAGAGCAAUUUGCUGUUUUCAAGGCUGUGCAUCAAUGGCGUGACCGGGUUGCCAGAGAAGAAGAUGAAGGCGUGCAAUGCGUCUUCCCGAAGCACAUCCUCUUCAAGGUCGCCAGCGUUAUGCCUGUGGACAAGGGCACUCUGUUCCGGACGUUGUCGCCGAUGACUCCUAUCACCAAAGACCGGGUAUCGGACCUGCUGGAGACCAUCAAGCAGGCGAAGAUCGAGGGUGCCACGGGACCUGAAUGGCGCGAUGUCUAUGUCAAGCCAUCUAAGCCCAACCAGACUGCGCCUGCAGCUGAGCAAGACCAAGAGCAUUCGACUCCGGAGGACCAUCCCACCGCUGAGCGCUACGAAGUCUCCCAGUUCUGGGGCGAUAUCCUCAACUCGCAAGAACCGCUUACACCUCCCGAGUACUCCGCCGUCGCCUCUGCCGAGGCCCUUCGAAUCUCCCUACCUCUUCCACCCAUGCCGCGAACCGUCUCCGAAGUACGUCACACCGUCAGCGACCAGACCGCCGCCGCCGCCCCGAAGCCCGAGCCUACCCCCACCGAACCCCCCAAGGCUCCUGAGAACCAGAUCUUCACGGUCAAGGACCUCGGUGGCCCGCGCAAACGCAAAGCCACCCCCGUCGAAACCGCUUCUGAGGAGGCGCCCGAAAUCGAGGACCUCAGCCAAACCGUCGACCUCGCCGAGAAGCCCAGCAAGAAGCAGCGCCGGAAGGAGAAAAAGAACAAAAACGGAUCCGGGAAGAACACACCCCAACCCGAGUCCAAACCUGAGGAAGCGCCGUUCAACUACGAGACGGCGGACACGGUGCUACACGGCCAGACCACGAAGGGAUCAGGGCUUCCGAAGAAGGCGCCGUUCAAUCCGUACGCGAAGGCCAUGGAUGCGCCGUCUGGAGCACGCAAGCAGAAACGAGAGUUGCCCGGGAAGACGUUUACCUUUCGGUGAUCUCACCCAUGUACUUGGUUAUGCCAUUGGAUUAUGUUGGAUAGAAUUCAUGGGGGAGGAACUCAUGAUAGAAAAGGUGGUUGGUUUCCUAGUUAUUCAUAGCGAUACCCUUGAGUUAGAAAGAAUGUACGAUCAAUCAAUG